GUAUAUAGAGCUGUUCGUAAUGAAGUAAAACAAAAGAUUAUCUCCAUUAAAGAAAAAUACCCCCAUUUUGAUCCUCACUUGGCCAUGAUUCAAGUGGGUUCCCGAGAAGACUCUUCCAUCUAUGUUAAAAUGAAAGAUAAAGCUGCUAAAGAGACUGGUAUUUCGAUAACUAUGGAAAAAUUACCUGAAACUAUUUCACAAGCUGAACUUUUAAGAAGAGUAAAGGAACUUAAUAACGAUUAUAGAGUUCAUGGUAUUCUUGUUCAAAUGCCAUUACCUUCUCAUAUUAGUGAAACUGCUGUCAUUGAAGCUAUUGAUUAUCAAAAAGAUGUGGAUGGUUUUCAUGCUGUUAAUAUUGGAAAUAUGGCAAAGAGAAAUUCAACACCUUUGUUUCUACCCUGUACUCCUAAAGGCAUUAUUCAUUUAUUAAAAUCGACUGGUAUUAAUAUGGUGGGUAAAAAGGCUGCUGUUAUUGGUCGUAGUGAUAUUGUUGGUUCUCCCGUUGCAACUUUAUUAACAGCUGAAAAUGCAACUGUUACACUUUGUCAUUCAAAAACAGACGAUAUUGAAGCUAUUGUUAAACAAGCUGAUAUUGUAGUUGCUGCUGUAGGUAAUGCCGAGAUUAUUAAAGGAGAUUGGAUUAAGCCUGGUGCUGUAGUAAUUGAUGUCGGAACUAAUGCUGUAGAAGAUUCUACAAAGAAAUCGGGUAUUCGCUGGGUAGGUGAUGUUGAGUUUGAAAAGGCUAAAGAAGUUGCUUCAUUUAUUACACCUGUUCCUGGAGGAGUUGGACCGAUGACAGUAGCCAUGUUAAUGCAAAAUACAGCUAUCAGUGCCGAACGAUUCUUGACAUUAAGCCGUAAAAGAGAUGUUUCUGCUCUUGAAUUAGAUUUGAAAACACCUGUUCCUUCUGAUAUCGAAAUCGCCAAAGCUCAAACUCCUAAGGACAUUGCUGAACUUUGUAAAGAAAUUGGCUUGAAUUCAAGCGAGUAUGAACUUUAUGGUACUUCAAAGGCCAAGAUUAAACUUGAUGUAUUGAACAGACUUAAUCAUCGUAAAGAUGGCCGUUAUAUUGUUGUUACUGGUAUUACACCUACACCAUUGGGUGAAGGUAAAUCAACCACAACUAUUGGUCUUGUUCAAGCACUAUGUGCUCAUUUGAAAAAGUCUGCUUUUGCUUGUGUUCGUCAACCUUCUCAAGGUCCAACUUUCGGUAUUAAAGGUGGUGCUGCAGGUGGUGGAUAUUCUCAAGUCAUCCCAAUGGAUGAAUUUAAUCUCCAUAUGACAGGUGAUCUUCAUGCUGUUACUGCUGCUAAUAACUUAUUAGCUGCUGCUAUUGAUGCUCGCAUGUUCCACGAGAAUACACAAUCAAAUAAAGCUCUUUUCAAUCGUCUAUGUCCUGCUAAGAAGGGUGUCCGUAAAUUCGCUCCUGUUAUGUUGAAACGUCUUCAAAAAUUGGGUAUUCAUAAGACAGAUCCUAAUGAAUUGACUGAAGAAGAAAUUGCACGUUUUGUUCGUUUAGAUAUUGAUCCUAAUACGAUUACAUGGCAACGUGGUAUUGAUACGAAUGACCGUUUCUUGCGUAAGAUUACGAUUGGUCAAGCACCUACUGAAAAGGGUAUGGAACGUCAAACAGGUUUUGAUAUUACUGUUGCAAGUGAGGUGAUGGCUGUUCUUGCUUUAGCAACCGAUUUAAAAGAUAUGCGUGAAAGAUUAGGUAAUAUGGUAGUUGCCUCUUCUAAAUCGGGUGAACCCAUUACUGCUGAUGAUUUUGGUAUUGGUGGUGCAUUAACUGUUUUAAUGAAAGAUGCUAUUAAACCUAACUUGAUGCAAACAUUGGAGGGUACCCCUACUAUUGUUCAUGCAGGUCCUUUCGCUAAUAUUGCUCAUGGUAACUCUUCUAUUUUAGCAGACAAAAUUGCACUCAAGUUAGCCGGUUCUGAUGGACCUGAUAUGGAACCUGGUUAUGUUAUUACUGAAGCUGGCUUUGGUGCUGAUAUGGGUAUGGAAAAAUUCUUUGAUAUUAAAUGUAGAGUAUCUGGUUUGCAACCUAAUGCUGUCGUUAUUGUGGCUACCGUUAGAGCACUUAAAACACAUGGCGAUGGUCCAGAGGUUGUUGCUGGUAAACCUUUACCUGAUGUUUACAAUGAAGAGAAUUUGGAACUCCUUGAAAAAGGUUGUUGCAAUUUGGCAAAACAUAUUCAAAAUGCAAAGAAGUUUGGUGUUCCUGUUGUGGUUGCCGUUAAUCGUUUCACGUCUGAUACAGAUGCUGAAAUGGAACUUAUUCGAAAGGUUUCUUUAGAAGCAGGUGCCUUUGAUGCUGUUGCGUGUGAUCAUUGGGCUCGUGGUGGUCUUGGUGCUAUUGAUCUUGGUAAGGCAGUUAUUAAUGCUUGUGAACAACCUAGCCACUUCAAGUUUUUAUAUGAUCUUGAUCUCCCAAUUGAAAAGAAGAUUGAAAGUAUCUGUCGCGAAAUCUAUGGUGCUGAUGGUGUUGAAUAUAGUGAUUUGGCAAAAGAAAAAAUUGAAACCUAUACUCGUCAAGGCUUUGAUCAUCUUCCUAUCUGUAUGGCCAAGACUCAAUACAGUUUUAGUCAUGAUCCUGCACUUAAAGGUGUCCCAACUGGCUUUACUGUUCCAAUUCGUGAUAUCCGUGCUUCUGCAGGUGCUGGCUUCCUCUAUCCUUUAGUUGGCGCUAUGCAAACAAUGCCUGGAUUACCUACCCGUCCAUGUUUCUUUGAUGUAGAUUUAGAUGAAAGUGGUGAAGUUGUUGGUCUUUUUUAAAUAAUACUUUUAUUAUUAUUAUUAUUUCCCUCUCCUUUUCUACUCACAAGAACAGUAGUAAUAAAAAUAAAAUAUGUGUUUAGUUUUAUAUAUUUA